GUCUCAAUGGUUGCAGCGACUGUCUCUUCUCUCCUUUUGCAACUCAUAGGACUCGGUCUCCUACUUGAGAGGGUCUUUCAACGUGGUGGAGGGGUCCAAUCCGGCGAGCUUAUCAGUUAGCAUACGACUGUUGCAUGCAUCGCGUUGUAUUCUGUGUCCCGCGAGUACGAUUCAGCUUUGCGAGACCACGUGGCGGAACGACGAAAAGUAACGCGUGUCAGGUUUCGAAAGAAAGCAAAAACUUGCAUACGUGCUGUAUGUUGCAUACUUAAAAUAGCAGCAAAUAGCAUCCUUCUCAUCACGUUUAUCGUGACUCGUGUGUCGAACUCGCACACGUGAUAUCCAUAACGAGAGGAACAAGAUCACGCGGUAACACGAUUUAUUCAAUUCCGACAAAUGAAUUUGCAAACAUGGAUGUUUAUGAUAGUACAUAUAACUUAUGCUCAGCACGUUGUGAGAGAAAGUGCUAUCAAACACGGAUUAUGCAACGGUUAUAAGCCUGGCGAGGACGAUCUACAAACCUUUGACUUCAUCAGCAAGUUGCAAUUGGAUCUGCUGAAUGCUCGUUAUAGCGGCAUGACGAAAGUCCGAGGCAGCAGUCGUAUGCAAACGGCAUAUCGGUUGGAGAAAGAUACUGAUGUCACCCUUCCGACGAAGAAUAUUACACCUACUGGACUUCCAGAGGAAUUUUCUUUGGUAUAUACAUUGAGAGCUAGAAAAUCACCAAAAUAUGCUUGGCAUAUCAUUAAGAUCGUAGACGCAAGAGGUGAAGCUCAAUUUCUCAUCACAAUGAAUCCUAAGAAACAGACGUUGGAUUUUUCACUGAUUAAUGACGAAGGAAAAUUACAAACAGUCUCUUUCGUGAAUGAUCGCAUAUUCGACAAGAGUUGGCACAAAAUAAAUUUCGGAGUAUUCAAGGAUAAAUUAGUACUUAAAGUUGAUUGCGAAUACAUUGGUACGGAAGAACUAAAACCACGCAGAUCAAUUAAUGUGGAUGGAGACAUAUCGAUAGCCAAAAUGAAUAACAGUAAAGUCACUGUACCGAUCGACAUGCAAUGGAUGAUCCUAAACUGCGAUCCUGCGAGACUAGAGAGAGAAACAUGCGAGGAAUUACCGAAAAACUUAGCCGCUUCACUUCAAAUGAAACCUCCUUGCGAAAGAGUCUGCCUACAAGGAUUCAAUAAUACAAAUACAAAUGGAUCCCGCCAUCAACACAACUUUCCCGGAGUACCAGGAAUUGGUGUAUCAGGCUUACCUGGACCGCCAGGAGAACAAGGAAAAACGGGAGCCCCUGGUAAUACUGGUGCCAGAGGUUUUCCAGGAUUGCAAGGCCCCAAAGGAUCGAUCGGAUCUAUGGGGCCACCGGGUUUACCAGGAUUACCAGGACGAAAAGGUGAUCGUGGAGAAAGGGGUGAUAUGGGGUUUCCGGGUUUGAAAGGAGAUCAAGGUCCUCGAGGAUUUCCGGGUUCACCAGGAAAUACCAAUUUAUCACGCUUGAUAGGUCCUCCGGGAGAAAAAGGAGUUAAAGGUGAACGAGGAAAUGACGGUGCUCAAGGACAACCGGGUGAGAAAGGUGAACUUGGAGACAAGGGAUUAGACGGAAUUCGCGGUCAUGACGGCGCACCAGGUCCUCCCGGCCCUCCGGGAAUUCCUGGUUUCCCUGGACCCGCAGGAAACGUUGUAUUUACAGAUGUUCCUAGUAUUCCAGGACCACCAGGCCCUCCUGGUCCAACAGGACCGCCGGGACCAUCAGGUCCUCCAGGAUUACCAGGAUUAUCAGGGCCUCCUGGUUCACCAGGCCAAAGAGGUCCGAAGGGUGAUAUCGGAGAACGUGGACGAGAUGGCAUACUCGGAUUGACGGAUAAUAAUAUAAUACCGGGACCACCUGGUCCUGAAGGACCUGUUGGUCCUCCUGGCGAAGAUGGUCUUCCCGGUGAGAAAGGAGAAGUCGGAUCAAUAGGUUUUCCAGGACCACCCGGAGAAAUAGGAAAAGAUGGACUUCCAGGAUUACCAGGACUGCAGGGAUCUCCAGGCUCACGUGGAGAACCAGGUUCCCCAGGAUUGCGAGGUUUAGAAGGAGUCGCAGGAAAACCGGGACCGCCAGGAUUCGAUGGAAAAUCAGGUCCAAAAGGCAGCAAGGGACAACAAGGUGAACAAGGUCCUAUCGGAUCUCGUGGCCUACCAGGAAGUUUGGGUUUAAUGGGCCCGCCGGGUAUACCAGGCAUACCAGGAUUGGAAGGAAAACCUGGUUUAUCCGGGCCACCAGGUCCGCCAGGACCUCCAGGAUCUCCUGGUCCUUCAAUUCCAAACAAUAACUUUGAUAGCAUUGGUAAUCCCGGUGUCCAGGGACCUAGAGGUCCAUCGGGCUCUCCAGGAGUACCAGGUGAAAGGGGAGCCCCUGGGGAACGAGGACCAGAGGGUCAAGUAGGUCCGCCUGGAAUACCCGGCAAAGACGGAGCACCUGGAUUGCAAGGAUUACCUGGAAAUAGAGGUCAAAUGGGAUCACCAGGACUUCAAGGUCUGCCGGGCCACAGUAUUAGCGAAGCGGAAAUUCGUGAUAUUUGCGCCAGCGUACUAAGAGAACAGAUGACCGAAAUAGCAGCACUCAUGCAGGGCCCACCUGGUCCGCCCGGUCGAAAUCGUCCGGGCCGUCCUGGAUUACCUGGUCCUCAAGGUCGUCCAGGUGAUCCGGGCUCACCUGGUUUGCCGGGAGAACGUGGAUUCGUCGGUUUACCGGGUCCACAGGGUCCCAUUGGACCACAGGGGCCAUCUGGAGAACGUGGAGAAAAAGGGGAUAAAGGUCUCGAGGGAGUCGGUUCAGAAGGUCCACCUGGUCCGAUAGGUCCUCCUGGGCCACCUGGUAUCGACGGCAUUGGUUUACCUGGAAGACAAGGUGACAAAGGCGAGCGAGGCAGACCAGGUAUUCCCGGUGUCGGAGGAGCGCCAGGAGCACAAGGACCACCCGGAUUUUGCGAAUUCUGUAAUUAUCCUAGCAGCAAUUAUCUACACUACACUCGCGGCAACGAGAAAGGUCCUUGAUCAAUAACGAAUAUCGUGAGGAAAGAAAAUUUUAACGCAGAAAGCGGAAAAAAGUAAUAUAAGUAAGAUAAUUCGAUAUUUUUAAUACAAGUAUUUAAAUUAUAGUUAACCUAAAUUGUUGUCCAAUCUGCGCAUAGAUCCCUUUAUAAAUCACUGCCACGAUAUAACGAUCAUUUUUCUUUUAAUUACGAUUAAGUGAUGAUCGCAACAUCGACUACGAUGUAUGUAUAUAUACGUA